UGAUGACGCUGGCUUCAGACAGUUUGUAGGUGUUUUAGACCCAACCUACAUAAUCCCCACCAGGAAGGCUUUAAAGGAAAUGGUGGGAAAAAAGUACCAUGCAGAAAAGGAAAAGGCAAAGGCAGAACUUGAGAAGGCCGCAUAUGUGAGUCUGACAAGUGACAUGWGGACAUCCAUUCAUAUGGAUGCAUACUUGGCAGUCACUUGCCAUUUUGUUAAUGAGCAGGACAAGCUGUCCACAGUGCUGCUGGGAGUGGGCCAUUUUCCCAAGUCCCACACUGCAGAAAACAUAGCUGAAGUCAAGAGGGCUCUGAUGGAAGAGUGGGGCAUCCAAAAUAAAGUAYGAUGCCUUGUCACUGAUGCUGCACCAAAUAUGCUUUUAUGUGCAAAAAUAUUGAAAAUGCGCAACACAAAGUGUAUUGCACAUUCACUUAACCUGAUAGUAAAGGAAUCCAUUGAUCGCACACCGGGGCUAGAGGAGAUCAGGGAAAAAGCAAGAAAAAUAGUUGGUUAUUUUAGGUCCAGCACAACAGCAAAGGAGAAGCUCUGCCAAAUGCAGCAGCAGUUGGGUCGGCCCAACCUAAAACUGCUGCAAGAGGUUGAAACCAGAUGGAACAGCACUUAUACCAUGCUGCAGCAUUUAUUUGAGGAGAGAGAGCCAGUUGGUGCUGCCCUGGUCUCACUGAAGACCGACAUUAUCCCCAUCACUGCCACAGAGUACAGUUCAGUUCAGGAGUGUCUGGGAGUACUUUCACCAUUUUACAAAGCAACUGUGGAACUGUCAGAAGAGCAAAGAGUGUCAGGGUCAAAGGUCAUCCCACUUGUUUGCAUGUUGCGAUACACUAUUUCAAGAAAACAACCUCAUCUUAAAGAUGAGAAAGCUCUCCAGCUGUGCAUSAACCUCACAAGGAUGCUGAGUGAGUCUUUAUCUCCUCUAGAAACGAUGAGUGUAAUGAGUGUAGCAACACUGCUAGAUCCUAGGUUUAAGGCCAUCGGAUUCAGCAGCCAGACCAAUGCUGAAGCUGCAGUGAAACGUCUGACUGCAGAAUGUGCCAACAUCAUUGGAGCUGAACCAGUCCCUCCUGUCCCAUCCACGUCCUCAGAGCCAGAGGCAGCAGCUGGUCCUUCACCCCAUUCAGGUGAUGGUCUGUGGGAUCUGCUGGACAGCCAUGUGGUGGAGAGGCAGGUGAGGAAUGCCACUGCAGAUGCCACAGUGGAAGUGCAGAGAUAUAUGGCAGAUCCUUUAAUUCCACSAACAGAGGAUCCACUCCAUUUCUGGGCGACUAGAAAGACUGUUUAUCCAACCUGUACCUGCUUGCACUGCAGUUUCUGUGCACUCYRGCAUCUUCCGUUMCWUGUGAAAGGAUCUUCUCCAAGGCAGGAGAAA